AUUAGAAGCUGCACAGCUCUGAGUAACAAACGGGUUGCAGAGCUCAACUUUGGUUCUUUAAUGGCGGAUCCGCCUAGAAGGCGGAAAAGGGUCUAUGGGUUACGCCGUGCCGCCGAUGGAAGCGCGUUCGAGAAAUGUGAUUUCUGUGGCGUUUCAUAUGCCAUUGCCCUUGCUGACAUGCACGAGUGUAAAGCCAAAACAGAACAUAAAAGACUCAAAGCCGAGAACCAGAAUCGAAACCCUAAAAUACUUAUCGUUGAAGACCAGCCCAGAUCACCAUUUUGCUGCUUCAUGGAAAGCUUUCGGAAAACCAAUAAUUCUGAUUAUCUGGUAGAAGACCGGAAAGGGUUUGAGACAUGGAAGAACAUGACACCUGAGGAAAGGUCCCCUUUUGUCCUUCUAUCGGCAACGGUGAAUUUAGCAUACGAAAAAGUUUUGCUCAAAGAAGAAGAGGAAAUGGAGGUGGAUGAUGAGGCAGAUUCAUUGGGGGUUGAAAACUUUGAUCUGGACCGUGGAUUCUACAAUGGCUGGGACAUCAUAGAGUUUGAGGGAUUUGAUAGCUCUGAAUGCUCCGACAUUUUUGGUGACGACCUGAAAGGGAAAUUUUGUGAGGUUUGUGAUGGUCGUAGAAGGCUUGGGUAUGACCUGACCUGA